AAUUAAUAGUUUAUCAAACAACAAACAAUGUCUGCCUACUCAAGUGCUUCCACUACCCAAGCCACUGGAACAGGAGCAUCGGACUUGGACACAGAAUCGGUGGAGGUGCUGCGGGAGCGCCUGAGCACCAUGAAGCGUCUGAUGGCAGAACGCACGGCCCAGCAGCAGAACAAUCCUGCAUCCACAGAGGAAAUUUUCUCCACCAAGCGACAUCGAUCCGCGGGCAUUAUCGACGGAAACUUCCUCAGCAUCGCCUUUGGCGGUGCUCUGCUGGUGAUUAUCACGGUUUCAGUUUACGCCUUCUACAAUCUGUACCAUGCCAUACUCAAGAAGUUCCCCUCCCACCACGAGGAGCUGUAAGCUGCAAGGCUUUCCAUGUAUUACAAUUAUGCAUUUAAU